AUGGGGGCUACUUUUCGAUAUGAUGGACCACAUAACAGGUUCUUGCGCGAGUUUGGAGGGCUGGCUGAAAUGAAGCAGCAGCUAUGUUGUAGUUCACACAUGCUGUCCCUUAUCUGCUGGCUCAUCUCCAGAGUCCAAGCUCGACGCGUCUCCAGAUUGUAUGAAGAACCGCUUACGUGUGCGCCGGGAGUUUUCUCAGAGCGUUUUGCCUCAGGUGAACGCAACCGCCUCACGCGGGCGCCACACCUGAAGGCGGCUCCGCCCGGGCAGGGCUGGAGCCCCGGGGCCAGCGGCCCGCAGAAGCGCCCGCAGCGGGAGCCGGGCCCGCGCGCCCCGGGGCGCAGGGCGGCGGCGAGGGGGCUGCAGGAGGACCUGAGGGGCCUGGCGCGGCUCCCGGAGCAAGAGGGGCUGCGGGAGGAGGCGGCGGCGGCCGGGCACGCGUUCCUGCUGCCAAAUGAGAGAAGCUUCCAGAAUGCUGCUAAAAGUGAUAAUUUGGAUCUUAUGGAGAAGCUGUUUGAAAAGAAGGUUGACAUUAAUGCUGUGAACAAUAUGAACUGCACAGCCCUGCAUUUUGCAGUGGGGGCAAAUCAUUUAUCUGUGGUGGAGUUCUUGCUUAAUCACAGGGCCAGGGUGGAUGUUGCUGAUAAGUAUGGCUUGACAGUAAUUCACCUUGCAGCCUGGUCUAGAAGCCUCGAGAUCAUGCUCAUGCUGGUUAGAGCUGGAGUGGACCAGAGAGCCAAGAAUCAGGAUGGAAUGAAUGCCCUCCACUUUGCAGCUCAGAGCAAUAACAUGCGCGUUGUGGAGUACUUCAUUCAAGAUCUGCACCUGAAGGACCUGGACCAGACUGAUGAGAAGGGAAGAAAACCAUUUCUUUUGGCGGCGGAAAGGGGCCACGUUGAAAUGAUAGAAAGCCUUAGCUUCCUUAAUCUGCAUACUUCAGAAAAGGACAAGGAGGGAAACUCUGCCCUGCACCUCGCAGCAAAGCAUGGUCACAGCUCUGCGGUCCAGGUGCUGCUCACCCAGUGGCAAGAAAUAAAUGAGACCAAUGAGCUCAAUAUCAGUGCUUUGCAGACAGCAACCCGGAAUGGCCACGCAUCCCUUGUCAGCUUGCUUCUCAGUGAGAACGUUGAUCUGCACCAAAAGUUGGAACCUAAAGACUCCCCUCUUCAUUUAGCUGUUAUCAACAACCAUAUCACAGUGGUAAACAGCUUAUUAAGUGCACAGCAUGAUGCUGACAUCUUAAAUCAGAGGCAGCAGACUCCUUUGCAUGUAGCUGCUGAUCUUGGAAAUGUGGAACUGGUGGAAACCCUGCUGAAGGCGGGCUGUGACCUGAAGGUUGUUGAUAAACAAGGGAAGACUGCCCUGGCCGUGGCCGCCAGGAGCAACCACAGCCUCGUCGGGGACAUGCUCAUUAAAGCUGAAAGGUACUAUGCCUGGAGAGAGGAGCAUGGGGAGAACAUCAAGGCCCUAUCAACCAGCUUUACUCUGACAUUCAAGCAAGAUCACAGUCAGGAGACCAGGCACAUGCGCAGCCUCCUCUGGCACCUGGCUUACCGUCAGCUGAAGGCCAACGAGUGGCAGAAGCUGGCCCGUUCGUGGAACUUCACAGACGCCCAGAUCAGAGCCAUCAAGGGGCAGUGGUCAGGAGAGGAGCGCUUCCGGGAACAUGGCCACAGGGCUCUAUUCAUUUGGCUGCACGGGGCCCUGGUGAUGCAGGCCACGCCAGUCAAACACCUGUAUGAAGAGCUGGUGCACGCAGGCUUCCCACAACUAGCUGAAAAGAUUCGUCAAUUUAAAAGUGAAACUGACUCAAGGCCCAAGAAAUGUACAGUUUCAUAA